GGCGGAGGGAGGGGAGGCCGAGUGCUGGAAGCGGAGCUCCGCGCUGGGACUGGUUCCUUCGCAGCCAUUUUCUGUCCAACCAAACAGCCGAUUGGAGACGGGAGCCAACCAGGGCUGCAUUGGAGGCUGGCACUGGGCAGGGGUUAGACGCCGACUCGGACGGCUCAGGCUGGUGUUCUUGGACACCACUGACAGCGCGGCUCUGACUGUUUCCUGACAAUGGACGGCGACAGUUCCACAACGGAUGCCUCCCAGCUCGGGAUCUCUGCAGACUACAUAGGGGGCAGUCACUAUGUCAUACAGCCUCACGAUGAUACUGAGGACAGCAUGAAUGACCAUGAAGACACAAAUGGUUCAAAAGAAAGUUUCAGAGAACAAGACAUAUAUCUUCCAAUAGCAAAUGUGGCCAGGAUAAUGAAGAACGCCAUCCCUCAGACGGGAAAGAUUGCAAAAGAUGCCAAAGAAUGUGUUCAAGAAUGUGUAAGUGAGUUCAUCAGCUUUAUAACAUCUGAAGCAAGUGAAAGAUGCCAUCAAGAGAAACGGAAGACAAUCAAUGGAGAAGAUAUUCUUUUCGCCAUGUCUACCUUAGGCUUUGACAGUUACGUAGAACCUCUAAAAUUAUACCUUCAGAAAUUCAGAGAGGCAAUGAAAGGAGAGAAAGGAAUUGGCGGGGCAGUCACAGCUGCAGACGGGCUAAGUGAAGAGCUAACAGAGGAGGCUUUCACUAACCAGUUACCAGCUGGCUUAAUAACUGCAGAUGGUCAACAACAAAAUGUUAUGGUUUACACAACAUCAUAUCAACAGAUUCCUGGUGUUCAACAAAUUCAGUUUUCAUGAUCGGAAGAAAUGGAGGAGUGGGAAGUACCGAGAAGCAAGGGAGUCUGUCUGAUUCCCAGGCAGAGACAUUGGAAGGAAAGGACUGGUGAAAUGAUGUCUCUUUGUAUAUUAAAUAGCUGUAAUGUAGCUUCCUGAUGCUUGACUAAUUGAGGUGUUAAUUCUGACUUGAGAAUCUUUUUCAUGAAUGAUUUUAAAGAAAAAUUUGGAUUUUAAAGGUAUUGAAAUAUUUUUGUUUUGUACGAGAGUUUGUUGCUCUGUAUGACUCCUGUAUGCAUUGUAUAUUGCAAUUUAUUACUGUCAGAUUUGUAGACAGUUUCUUAUUUUCAUAUUGAAUCAUGUUACUUUUGUAAUUCAAGUAAGCAGCUGGGUUAAUCCAUGAUGUUUACCCUUUAAAUAAAAUAUAAGGAUAAGGGUAGAGUUCAUUUUGAAUGCAAGUUGCCUUUAUUAUAAAUUUGAGUUUGUCUUGGUUAUAUAAUAUCUUGCAUGAUAACCUAGCUAGAUUUUUAGCAUUUGCCAUAUUUAUUAAAAUUAAUUUUUUGUAAAACAUAGCGUAAGCAGCACCAUUUUUUAAAAAAUGUAAUUGAAAAAAUAAGUGUGAAUGCAGAAGCAAUUAUUGUCUGCCCUAUUAAAACUGGUGCCCAUUAACAGUGUUUACACUGUUCAUUGUGCCUGUUAAGAUAAUUUUAGCUUAUUGGAACUUUUGUUAAGGCUAGAUUUGUUUAUUAUGAGUGUUGGAAUUCAUUUAAGUUUAAUGUAGCCCUACUGCUCUUGAAAUGGUGCCCCUUUCACUUUGCAUAAGAUUUUUCCAAAACAUAUCUUUGAACAUCAUAGUAUCCCUCUUUCAGAAGAGGAAUUUUGUAGUCUGAUGGUAAAUGUCCUUAUUUUACCUUUUUAAUUGAAAUGUCGUUUCCUAUUAUACUAUGGAAACCAAAAAAACAUCAGACAUCAUUAUGUGUAUACCGAUUUUUUUUUGCAUGGGUGAGUGAAUGAAAUGAAGAAUUGAGUGAGUGCUGUGAGUGGUGGGAAACAGAAGCUGCCAACUUCUAGUGUGCUGUCUUGUUAUUUGCAAUAAACUAAACUUAGAUAAUGUAACUUUGUAUAA